AUGGCCUCGGAAGACAAUGUGUCCAGAUCCGAAGCUGUGGCCACUCUUAAUGGCGACGAUUCUCACAUUGCGUCGCAGCCAAGGAAGGUUGCACUGGUCACUGGAAUCACCGGGCAGGACGGUUCAUACCUGACCGAGUUCCUGCUCGGAAAAGGCUACGAAGUGCACGGCCUGAUCCGACGAUCCUCAAAUUACAACACGCAGCGGAUCAACCAUAUCUACGUUGAUCCCCACAAUGCCAACAAAGCUCUCAUGAAGCUCCACUAUGCUGAUCUCUCUGAUGCCUCCUCCCUCCGUCGUUGGCUCGACGUGAUCAAGCCAGAAGAGGUCUACAAUCUUGCUGCUCAGUCCCACGUGGCAGUCUCCUUCGAGAUCCCUGACUACACUGCUGAUGUGGUCGCUACUGGAGCUCUCCGCCUCCUGGAGGCUGUCAGGUCUCACAUGGCUGACAACGGACGCACCAUCAGGUACUACCAGGCCGGAUCCUCGGAGAUGUUCGGGUCAACUCCACCACCGCAAUCUGAGACGACGCCGUUUCAUCCUAGAUCUCCCUAUGCUGCCUCCAAAGUCGCCGCUCACUGGUACACUGUCAACUACCGAGAAGCAUACGGCCUGUACGCCUGCAACGGGAUCUUGUUCAACCACGAGUCACCCCGACGAGGCGAGAACUUCGUGACUAGGAAAAUAACUAGGGCCUUGGGGAGGAUCAAGGUCGGGCUGCAGACAAAGCUCUUCCUAGGAAACAUACAGGCGUCAAGGGACUGGGGGUUCGCGGGGGACUACGUGGAGGCAAUGUGGCUGAUGCUGCAGCAGGAGAAACCAGAUGACUACGUGGUAGCAACAGAGGAGUCACACACCGUCGAGGAGUUUCUGGAGGUGUCCUUCGGGUACGUGGGGCUCAACUGGAAAGACCACGUGGAGAUCGACAAGAGGUACUUCAGGCCAACGGAGGUUGACAAUCUGAAAGGAGAUGCGAGCAAGGCAAAGGAGUUGUUGAAGUGGAAGCCGAAGGUAGGGUUCGAGCAGCUGGUGAAGAUGAUGGUUGACGAAGAUCUAGAGAUGGCUAAGAGGGAGAAAGUGCUUGUUGAUGCUGGUUACAUUGACGCUCAGCAGCAACCUUAA